GUACUUUUAGGUAGUCAUUACCUAUAAACAAAUGUAAGGUACCUAACGUAUUUCACGUAUUUCACGUAUUCUACAUAUUAUGCAAACGCUGUCAAAUGUUCUUGAUUUUCCUCUCGGUCUCGUCACAGGCAGUCACUUCAACAACUUUCUUGCCCAUCCCACAAAUACAUCUGAUCAACUCAUACACACAUCCAUCAUCCAUCCAUCUUGUUACUACUAGAAUCUCGAGCCCAGAUUCUAGCAUUCUGCUUUUUUUUCAUACAAUCCUAAAGAAACUUUGACUUGCAAACCUAUUCACCAUGAGAUUCACCACUGUCUUUGCCAUUUUUGCCUUUGGCAGCAGCCUAGGCAUGGCGGCCGUACUCAACUCGUCUGAGAUGGAGGUACCUAGCAUUGAUCUAUCCAUGGCACCUUCUGCUCUCGAAAAACGAGAUGCCUACACUUGUUACGGCUCCACCAAUACCUCGGUCUCGGAUUGCCAGAAGAUCAUUGACACUAUCCGAACCGACGAGCAGCAGCAGUUUGCGCUGUACUCGGGCAUCUGCGCUGUCUGGAACCAAGGAUCAUGCCGAGUCCGCUUCUGUGCCCAGCCCUACGUCAACAGACCUGUCAACAGAUCUGCAACCUGGCUGGCAACCUACAUAGCCAGUCCCCUGCUGGAUGGCUGUGUCGGCAAAGGAAACCUAGGAGUUAUAGCAGACCAUCCCAACAUCAACAGUCACUACGGCACAUAUCGACUAUGGUUGGAUUGAUUCAGGAAUCCUAAGUGUGGAAGCAGUUUACGUUAUACGUUAUACCCGCUGGGUCUAGGAUGGAGUGGAAUUUUGAGGACAUGAUGGAGACGACCUUCUGUUAUGUAGCUUGG